AUGAACGCAGCCUCCUUCCUCAACCAUGUCCUGCGAAACGCCACUUCAACCACCGGCCACCGCAAACCACCGCAAUCGACCAACGCCAAGAACUUAACUGCCGCUAUCCUCAACCAUCUCCGGUUGGGGCGCAUUUCAAAAGCCGUUUCCAUCCUCUUCUCUUCCCCUGUGCCCCUUGACUUUUCUCUAUACGCUCGUCUCUUCCAACUUUGUGCAUCUAGCAGAGCCAUUGUCGAAGCCCGGAAAGUAGAAUCGCAUUUGGUCACUUUCACUCCGAACCCGCCAACUUUUUUGCUCAAUAGAGCGAUUGAGACUUAUGGAAAAUGCGGGUGUCUGGCUGAUGCGAGAGAACUCUUUGAUGAAAUGCCUAGGAGGGAUGGAGGGUCCUGGAAUGCAAUGAUAACUGCGUAUUCCCAUAAUGGGUGUCCUGGAAAAGCAUUGGAUUUGUUUAGUCAUAUGCACAAGUCUGGGAUUUAUGCAAGUGAAGUGACAUUUUCGAGCGUUUUCGGUUCAUGUGCUUCUGUUUUGGCUCUUUGGCUGGCAAAGCAAGUUCAUGGGCUUAUUGUGAAAUAUGGGUUUUGUGGGAAUGUGAUUUUGGAGAGUUCACUAGUUCAUGUGUACGGGAAGUGGGGGAUGAUGAGUGAGUCGAGGAGAAUGUUUGACGAGAUUGAGAAUCCAAAUAGUGUUUCGUGGAAUGUAAUUGUAAGGAGGUAUCUUGAGAUGAAAGAGGGAGAGCAGGCAGUGUUGAUGUUUUCCAAGAUGGUUAGGGCGAAGGUAAGGCCAUUGAAUCACACUGUUUCUAAUGCUCUUGUUGCUUGUUCUAGUAUACAUGGACUUAAAGAGGGGGUUCAAAUUCAUGGAUAUGCAAUAAAGAUUAAUCUUGAGGUGGAUGAGAUUGUUUCAAGCUCCCUCAUUGAUAUGUACACAAAAUGUGGAGAUAUGGAAAGUGCUUCACUGAUGUUUAAGCUGCCCUCUUCAAAAAACUUGAUUGCUUGGACAGCUAUGGUGUCAGGGUAUGGAAUGAGUGGGAAAAUCAGGGAAGCUAGAGAGCUUUUCGAUGAGAUGCCAGAAAGGACUACGGUAUCAUGGAAUGCAAUGCUAUCGGGGUACACUCACUUCUCUAAGUGGAAUGAAGCAUUGGAUUUUCUGAGUUUGAUGCUCAAAGAGACUAGAGCAGUUGAUCAUGUCACUCUUGGAUUAGUCCUGAAGGUAUCUUCUGCCAUUAUGGAUAUUGAAUUGGGGAAACAGGUUCAUGGGUACGUCUACAGGCAUGGUUUUUACUGCAAUCUAUUGGUUAGCAACGCACUUCUUGACAUGUAUGGGAAAUGUGGAAAUUUGAGGUGUGCUAGAGUUUGGUUUUAUGCAAUAAGUCAUUUACGAGAUGAGGUUUCUUGGAAUAAUCUUUUAACUGGCUAUGCACGUCAUGAAUUGAGUGAAGAAACCAUGACAAUGUUUUGGAAGAUGCUAGGAGAGACCAUGCCAAGUAACUUUACAUUUGCAACCGUCUUGGCUGCUUGUGCAAAUAUUUUUGCACUUGAACCGGGUAAACAAAUCCAUGGGUUUAUGAUUAGGAAUGAUUACGAGAUGGAUAUUGUGAUUACUGGAGCUUUAGUUGACAUGUACUCCAAAUGUCGAUGCAUUGAUUAUGCUCUAGCGAUUUUCAAAGUGGCAGAUUUGAGUGAUGUAAUUCUCUGGAAUUCUAUGAUACUGGGUUGUUUUCAUAACAGAAGAUAUGAAAAGGUACUUGAAUUGUUCAUGUUGAUGGAGAAUGAAGGCAUAAAGCCAGACCAUGUCACUAUCCAAGGCAUCCUGCUUGCAUGCAUCGCUGAAGGCUGCGUGGAGUUGGGCAGACAGUAUUUUGAUUCAAUGACUGAUAAGUAUUGUAUAAUACCAAGGUUGGAGCAUUAUCAGUCUAUGAUUGAGCUGUAUGGUCGCAGUGGAUGGAUGGAUGAACUUGAGGAUUUUAUCAAGAAGAUGCCAUUUGAACCCACUGAAGCAAUGCUGAUCAGAAUCUUUGAUCUCUGCCAAGAACAAAAGCACUUUAAGUUGGGAGAAUGGGCAGCUGAUCAGCUUAACAGAUUGAAUCCCACAAUUCCAUUCCAAAUUGGUACAGCCGACAGCACCUGACUUUUAAGUCACUGAAGUUUUGUACAUUUCAUGUAAAUGCGGAAUUAUUCUUUUCUUACCAGGAAAUGUAAGAUAUAGGAAGAGAGCUUAUUGACAUACAUUAUUAUUUUUUCUUCAUCUUUUUGGUACCCAUAAUGUUAUUACUUCUUGGAAAUUUUGUGCAAUAUACAAAAUCUGCAUGUUGGAUUUAUUA